AUGGCUUCCUCAUAUGUUUUACCCGCUUCGGCGCUUCAUCAACACCAUCACCAUGGGGAAAACGCCGGUUCACACUCGCACUCGCACUCACACUCCCACACAUCGUCCUUAACCUCGCUGAGUCCCUCACGGAGCCGAAAAGACUCCCCGGCGCACUCCCAUACCCGGAACCACCACCACCAUGACAGCAACCACACACAGUUCCGCACGAACUCGAACGUCCCCGUGCCGAUCAACGUCCCUCCACCAUCAGGCUCGGGCGGGCAUUGGAGGAUGGAAUCAACGCCCGGGGGCAAAUCAUUGCUAUCGCCCACAGACGCCAGCUUCGACGCGGCCGGUGUCUAUGAACCUCCUACGGCCGCACGGUCGAGGGCAAAUUCACAUUCACAUUCACAUUCACACUCGCAUCACCAUCAUGAGCACUCGGGACCGAGGUCCAAAUUUACGGGGUUGUUGCUCCGGUACACACCGAGGUGGCCGCUGUUGCACGCGGUGGUGACAAAUAAGGAUUCUAGGCGGAUCUUCUACUUUAUGAGCAGCGGCCACACUCACGGUGGUGGCCAUGACCAUUCUCACAACCACGACCACGACCACGGCCACGACCACCCGCAUGACGAGAAGCACGGGCACUCGCACGGCGGGCACACCCACUCCCACGGCCACUCCCACUCUCACGACAACGAAAACAUGUACGGCAUCUACCUGCACGUGCUGGCGGACACGCUCGGCAGCGCGGCCGUCAUCGUGUCCACCGUGCUCACGCACUUCUGGAAGUGGUCCGGGUGGGACCCGCUGGCGUCCUUCCUCAUCGCCGUGCUCAUCCUGCUCUCGGCCCUGCCGCUGGUCAAGUCGUCGGCGCGGCGCCUGCUGCUCACCGUCCCGCCCGAGAUCGAGUACUCCCUGCGCGACACCCUGUCCGGCAUCACGGGCCUGCGCGGCGUCGUCGGCUACGCCGCGCCCAAGUUCUGGAUCGAUGACCGGAAUGCCGGUGGGGAGGGGGCGUUGCUGGGUGUCAUGCAUGUGGUGGCGGCCCGCGGUGUGGAUAUGGAUGAUGUACGGGAUCGCGUGAGGAACUAUCUGCUGCAGCAUAAUAUUGAUGUCACGCUGCAGGUGGAGCGGGAGGGGGAUUCGAGCUGUUGGUGUGGUGUUGGGCGCAGCCCGCUCUCGCAGGCGCAUCGGUCGACGCCUAGUACCAGCAUUUUUUGA